CAGCUGAAGAGAAAGUGCACCGGCACAAAGUAGAUCCAAAUCUUUACCACUUUCCCCCUGACCAUCACAGCAAUCUCACUGCCCACAAGUAUCACAUUCCAGCUAACGAUUACCACCAUGGAAGGUUUCAAAAGCAGCAUUUUUGUGGACGGCGCAAGAAAUGUAUAUAGUCCUAAACCACCCACUGAAGAUACAUUCAUAUUAUCUGACGAAUAUGGGAGCCAAGCGAGGUUGAAAAGGUCCCCCAUUAAAAAUCAGAAGGGUGGAAGUUUGAAUGUUGAAACGCUGGUGGUGGCAGAUAGGAAAAUGCUGGAGAAGCACAGCAAGGAGAACGUUACCACCUAUAUCUUAACGGUGAUGAACAUGGUCUCAAGUCUUUUCAAGGAUGGUACCAUUGGAAGUGACAUCAAUAUCGUUGUUGUGAGCCUUCUUCUUUUGGAGCAAGAACCUGGGGGACUAGUGAUCAAUCAUCAUGCAGACCAGUCACUGAACAGUUUUUGCCAAUGGCAGUCAGCUCUGGUUGGAAAGAACGGGAAAAGGCACGAUCAUGCUAUCUUGCUUACUGGAUUUGAUAUUUGCUCCUGGAAGAAUGAGCCUUGUGACACUUUAGGCUUUGCUCCAAUCAGUGGAAUGUGCAGCAAAUACCGGAGUUGCACCAUCAAUGAAGAUACGGGCCUUGCUUUGGCAUUUACUAUUGCCCAUGAAUCUGGACACAAUUUUGGCAUGAUUCACGAUGGAGAAGGAAACCCUUGUCGAAAAGCUGAAGGUAACAUCAUGUCUCCCACUCUCAUAGGCAACAAUGGAGUGUUUUCAUGGUCGGUGUGUAGCCGGCAGUACCUUAACAAGUUUCUCAACACUGCUCAGGCAGCUUGUCUGAUAGAUGAGCCCAAACAAGCUGGACAAUACAAGUAUCCCGAUAAACUCCCAGGACAGAUCUAUGAUGCUGAUACACAAUGCAAGUGGCAGUUUGGAGCAAAAGCAAAACUCUGCAACUUGAGUUUCGUGAAGGAUAUAUGCAAAUCACUCUGGUGCCAUAAAGUUGGCCAUCGCUGCGAGACGAAGUUUAUGCCUGCUGCAGAAGGGACACUGUGUGGAAUAAACAUGUGGUGUCGAAGGGGCCAGUGUGUACUAUUUGGAGACCAUGGUCCCAAACCUGUGAAUGGCCAGUGGUCAGCAUGGUCUAGGUGGUCAGACUGUUCUCGGACUUGUGGCGGAGGAGUCACGUACCAAGAGAGACAUUGCAACAAUCCCAAACCUCAGCAUGGUGGCAAGUUUUGCCAAGGCUCGAGUCGCAUUUAUCAACUUUGCAACAUUCAGCUCUGUGCAUCGAACAGUCCAGACUUCCGAGCCCAGCAGUGUGCUGAGUAUAAUAGCAAACCUUUCCGCGGAUGGUACUAUAAAUGGAAACCCUACACCAAAGUAGAAGAGGAACAUCGUUGCAAACUCUAUUGUACAGCAGAAGAUUUUGACUUUUUCUUCGCCAUGUCCAACCGAGUAAAGGAUGGGACCCCCUGCUCACUGUAUAAAGAAGAUGUGUGCAUUGAUGGAGUUUGUGAACAAGUGGGGUGUGAUCAUCGCCUUGGAUCCAAAGCUGCUUUGGAUGCUUGUGGAGUUUGCAAAGGAGACAAUUCUUCCUGUACAUUCUACUCAGGCCAUUAUUUAACCCAGCAUAAAACAAACAAUUAUUAUCCCAUUGUAACCGUUCCUGCAGGAGCUCGCAGUAUUGAAAUCCAAGAACUGCUAAUCUCUAACAGCUACCUUGCAGUCCGCAAUUUGAAUAAGAAAUAUUACCUAACCAAGGAAUGGACAGUUGACUGGCCUGGAAAAUUUUACUUUGCCGGAACGAUGUUUGAUUAUCAACGGCCUUUUAGCCAUCCAGAGAAGCUGUCCGCAGCUGGCCCAACUAAUGAGACACUCAUCUUUGAAGUGCUGUUACAAGGGAAAAAUCCUGGCAUUUUGUGGAGGUAUACCUUAUCUAAGGUGAAUAAUGAGAACAAGAUAUUCACAAAAAGACAUAGCUACUCAUGGGUGAUGGUGCAGUCAGAUUGCUCAGCGACCUGUGGUAGGGGGCAUUUGAUAGCCAAAGCUGUGUGUUUACAGGAUCAUCAAACCCGUGUAAAUUCUUCGUUUUGUGGCCCAAGGACAAAACCUUUAACAGAAACAAUGAUUUGCAAUGCAAAUCCUUGCCCAGCCUAUUGGUCAGCAGGUGAAUGGAGCAUUUGCAGCCAGUCCUGUGGUGGAGGACAGCAAAGCCGUCAUAUCCAAUGUGUCCAGAAAAAGGCUUUUCAUAAGGAAGAGAUUGUGGCUCACGCUCUCUGCCCAGUAACCACUCCGGCACAAAUACAGGCAUGUAAUAACCAGGACUGCCCACCGGAAUGGAAUCCUGGGCCUUGGUCACAGUGUUCCAAAACCUGUGGACGAGGAAUAAUGAAACGUGAGGUUUCCUGCAAAAGUGUAGGAACAUCCAUCUUAAAAAUUGUGCCAGAGAGUUUGUGCAACAGUGAAACCAAGCCAGAAAUGCAACAAGCCUGCGUGUUGGGACGAUGCCCUAAAAAUGAACGUCUUCAAUGGGUGAUCUCUGCUUGGAGUGAGUGUUCCUCUACCUGUGGGCCGGGAAUUAGGAGGCGAGAAAUGCAGUGCAUUGAGAAAAGUAUUGGUGGCAAAUUGAUCACUUUCCCAUUGCGCCGCUGUCGAAAUCUGAAGAAGCCAAGCAUUGAUUUGGAAGAAGUAUGCCACCAAGGACCAUGUCCUAUGCAUCCUCUGUACAAUAGGAUAUCAGGGUGGUAUUCUUCACCUUGGCAGCAGUGCACAGUGACAUGUGGUGGGGGAGUACAAACACGGAGUGUGCAGUGUCUCCUUCAAGGACAGCCAGCCACCGGGUGCCUGCUUCAUCAGAAGCCUGCAAUGUCGCGAGCCUGCAAUACUAAUUUCUGCCUUGCUCCUGAGAAGAAAGAAGAUCCUUCUUGUGUGGACUUCUUCGCUUGGUGCCACCUGGUUCCUCAACAUGGUGUCUGCAAUCAUAAAUUUUAUGGCAAACAGUGCUGCAAAUCCUGCACAUGGAAGAACUGACUUGAACAUGUCAGGCUGAGGCUUCCACAGGUUGAUUCCAUUUUGUCAAGAUUGAGUUUUCCAGAACCAAACGUCACCCAAAUUGUCAAGGAAAACAAUAACUCUCUAAACAUGGAGCAGUAAUCGCAGUGAUGAAUCUUCAAGGACUGGAUUUUGAACAUAGGAUGGAAUAAGACUAAGAAAUCUUUCCACUUCAUGGUCAAAGCUGAUCCCGACCCCACUGGAUUGGCAUAUUUGGCACAGUGGUCCAACUUUUUCCACCAUAAGAGUCAAUACAGAGAGCCUAAAAUAGGGAACUAGAACAUUCUAUGGAGACAUGUUAGCUAAUGUGGUGUUUGUCAGCAGAGUCCUUCAUAAGAAGGAGAAGGUCCUUUAGGCUUAUUACAACGCUGGCUGCUGAGACUGUGAAUUGCUAUACACGACAGAGGUGUGAUAGCUAGACAAACACUAUGCUGCACAAACAAGACUUAAAAGGUGCUUCUUCUAUUUCAGGUGCUUCUGGGAAACUAAGGGCUAUAUCAAAAUGGAAUUCCUUGCUUUAUUGUGUUACUCUUUCCAUGUUUAGCAAUAAAUGAAUCAUAGCUUACUAGCCACUUGAAUGGGCUGGCAUGUCUUGGGAUAUUCAUCCAACAAAACCCCAUUGAAAUUUUUUUUUUUUAACAUAGCAUUUCUGUGUUGUAUUGCGAGAAUUUCACCUCUUACCUAUGGGCUUUGCCUUAUUGUCACUCACGUUGACAGGCAUUCAAAAAUUCCACCAUUUUCUUGUUUACAUUCAACAUUGAAGUUGAUUUGUGCUGACUGUUUCAGAAUUGGGGUGUCCCUUGUAAAAAACAGACCUUUUUUUUUCUAUUCAAACAUUAAAAGAAAUGAAAAGGAAAUUGCAACAGUGGCCGAAAUAGUAGGAAUUGCAUGAAAUUCAUCAAACCAUUUCAGACCCAUCUUCCUGAAUUCAAACAUAAAUGCAAACUGCUAUUACUUGAACUUUUAUUGCAGACAAAUAGUUAUUUUUUUUUCCCUUUUAUCCAUUCCAUCUGCAAACCACUUGAAAGAAAUUUCUUCCUUUAUGGAUUCAUUUAUAUAAGCAGGGCCAGAAAACGAACCUGCGUUUUUCUAUGUUCCAGAUAUGAUCAGUCGUGCUAAACACAAACACAGUUACGGAUUUAUAGGCUCAAGGAUUAAAUGCACUGGCUAUUUUUGUAUAACAUUUUGAACAGGUUAUUUAAAGAUCUACCAACUGCAUUCAGAUACAGUAACAUGCUAAUUUUAUCCUUGUCUUGUGUUCUUUUUAUUAUUUGCCAUAUAAUACAAACCAGUAGUAGUUUUCACUUACCUUUGCUACCGGUUCGGAACUGUGAGCGCGCAUGCGCAGAGUGUCCAUGAUGACGUCCGGGUGGGUGGGCGGAGCCUCUCAUCGCCACUGCUACCGGUUCUCCUGAACCAGGGCGAACCUGUAGAAACCCAGCACUGAUACAAACCCAACCUCUUUAUGGAACACGUUAAACCAUAAACUAACCAUACCAUACAGUCAUCUGGUUAAGCGUUGUGCAAAUACAGCUGUUAAGUGUUUCACGGUAAGUCAGAAACCUGUUCUUAAAGGAUAUUGAUGAACAUGACAAUUGAGCCAAGGAUAACUGCCUGGUUUUCUAAAAAAAAAAAUUCUGUGUUUUCUUUAUCAGAAAAAGAAGCUCUGUAUUAGUUAGUCAAACUGAUGGUCCUGUACACUUGUGUUUCUCUGCUGCAAAAUAUUUUCCCCCGUUUGAUCUAGGACAGUUGCAGGGGUGAAAUCCAGCAGGUUCUGACAGGUUCUGGAGAACCGGUAACGGGAAUUUUGAGCAGUUCGGAGAACCGGUAGUGGAAAUUUGGAGUAGUUUGGAGAACCGGCAAAUACCACUUCUGGCUGGCCCCAGAGUGGGUGGGAAUGGAGAUUUUGCAAUAUCCUUCCCCCAGGAGUGGGGAGGGAAUGGGGAUCUUGCAGUAUCCUUCUCCUGCCAUGCCCACUAAGCCACGCCCACAGAACCAGUAGUAAAAAAAAAUUGGAUUUCACCACUGGACAGUUGGCACAUAAAUACACUCAACAGCCCAUGUUUGCAGUACAACUGAUAUUAGUGGAUCCACCAUUCGUGGAAUAAAUAGAAAGAACUUGCAUCCAUUAUGGAAAGAAUAUAUUGUGAAUGCUCAAACGGUAAACUACAGUACAAGGAGAUCUCCUCGCUAAAACCAAUACAGCUAAAGAAGCUUAUAUUUUGAUGUAAUUUUCUGGGGCAUGGCUAUCCUGGGCAUUUUUGUCCUUUUUCCAGCCAAUCCCACAUCAUCCCUGGAUGAAUGUAGCUCAGAUUUAUGGCUCUCCAAACUAUCAUUUCUGAUCUAAAAUUAGACAUGUCAACAUUAAUGUCAGAAAGUGGUCAGUCAAAAUUAGCAGUUCCUUUUUUGCAAGGAACAACAUGAAAUGUGAUGCAUUAAGGAAUGAUUAUUCCAACAAUCUUGAGUUCUAAGUAGACUUUCCUUGAACAUUUUAAAAUGAGAGAGAGAGAGAGAGAGAGAGAUCUUUCUCUCCAACAAGGUGUUGACCAAUUUUUGUUCUACAACUGUCAUAUUUUAUUAUUUGAUGUAAAAAAAUAUUAAUUUAUUAAUGCAUAGCUCUCCCUUCUUUUUAAUUUUAUCACUGGCUUCCCAAGUAAGUGAUGGCAAUGCAAAGAAAUGUUGCAUAGAAGUAUAGAUUGUGAUGUAAAAGGAAAAAAAAAUGAACAAACUCAAAGCAUAAAUUGUACUAUUUAAUUGUUUUAUAAGUUGUAAUAAAAAUACUCUAUUUCAUUAUGUUUUGGUACCUGUACAAGUCUUGAAUAAACUAUGGAAGCUGUACUCGA